CUCGCACAUCUACCACGCCACGAAGAUGGCGCGCUCUGUAAUGCUACGUUGCUGGCUGUGCCGUCAGUGAUACACCCGGCCCUACAAGGCCCAACAGGCGUAUCGAAACUGAGCCGCGAAGGCGACUAACUGUCGCCAACGGACUGGGUCAUGGCGUGCGUGGCCCAACCAGCAACGUCAGCUCUAGGUUUUCUUGUAACCGGGUCUACGCAUAGCGUCAGAAGCGUGAUGUGGACGUUGAUCCCGUCUUGCCCAAUGUCGCAGCCUGCGAUCGUCGCGAGCUGAGACCCAGCGUAUAAGCAACGGAAAGAUACGAUGAGUACACACAGCUCGCCAGCUACUCACCUCCGGGCAGAGCUUAGCGGAUGGACGCCGUUCGUCAUGCCGCCCAUCAAUGGCGAGCUUGGCUUACGCUACAUGGCGCUACACGUGCGCUAGAAAACGCCUUUUAUGCGAAUUUUCUGCAGAAAUAUAUUAAUAUGUCAGCAUUUCUACGCGUCCAAACGCGGUCAAGACUCGGACGGUGUCUUCCAGGGACCAGAAUGUCAUCCUUGGACUGCGCCACAAGGCGGCAUGCUGGGCGAGGCGCGAUCACUCCGGAUGCUCUAACCUAUUCCGAAGGAGAGGAGCUUCGAGGUUUUGAAUGCUAGCCGCAUUGGCCGGCGAAGUGAUUUCUCGUGGGAAAUUGGGCGGCUUUGAACCCUAAUCUCAGGUCACACGCUACGAAGGUUGCGGGGUGGGAGGAACAGGCACGGGGCUGUACGGUGAUAUAUGACAUUUGAUAGAUGUGACCCUCCCUCCUGCUCAACAUGGUAAAAUGGCGGUGCAGAUUGCUGACGGAUCGUCACAUUCCUAGGAUGCAGCUGAUCUCCGCCAGUCUAUGCGUGCCGCUAGUUGGCUUCCUUGCAGCAUGCCAAGUCACAGCCUACAUCCCGCUAAUAUCCAGGGUUGAUGAACUCAACCCGAGGCAUUAUAAGACGGCGUCGGGUACCUGCGCAUCGCUGCGCAAACUCCGACAUCUCCAGGUGUACCCUUGACCUCGACCUCCCCCAUGGUUGCCGUACGAUCCAGCCUGCUCGGAGUGUUGUGUGUGGUGCUGGUGCUGGUAUGCGGGGUCUCGUCGCAAGGCACCGAUACCAACUGCUCUGCGAGCUUCAACUGGGCGGGCAACGAUCGACAACAAGAUAUCUGUCUCAUCACGGCCUACCUUCGGUCGGCGUGUCUUGCAGAUCCCACUGAUGCAUUUGUCGACGCGUUGCCCGGCCCUUCGUACUUCUACGUACAGCCCACUAAGCCAGACGACUGCACCUGCAGUAUGGUAUACUACAAUACGAUCAGUGCGUGUGCUCUAUGUCAAAACGGGAGUUUAGCGCCGUGGUCAGGCUACAUUACCAAUUGCACUAGCAGCCAAGUCACAGUCGCAGGAUACCCUGAAAACAUACCCCUUGGUACCUCCGUCCCUGCAUGGGCAUACCUGGACAUCUCGUUCGAGGACGAUUUCAAUGUGACGGCUGCCAAGGCUUACAGCCAGAUCAACAGCACCAUGAUCGUCGGAACUGCACCAACCACGUCCUUAUCCGCUUCGAGCUCUGCUUCGUCCGCGAAAGCCUCUUCCUCCAGCUCUACAUCCUUACAACCAUCCGCCUUGCCUGCUGCGUCCCCCGGUUCGUCGAAGAAGUCCAACACCGGAGCCAUCGCUGGCGGCGUGGUCGGCGGCGUGGUCGGCGCCUGUCUAAUCGCGGCAGCGAUUGUGUACUACUUGCGGAGGCAGAGACGCCCUGCGGUACGCAACAACAUGAGCGAGGUCGAGCCGACGCUCGUAGGCUCGUUCUCGCCUCCCGUGUCGCCUGGUCCGAUGUCAACAGGACCAGCUGCGGUAGGCUCAGUCUCGAAGCUUUACGUGAGUGUCGUUCUCGCCAUUGUGCGCAAGUAUUCUGAUGCGUACUCUGCUGCAGAAUCCUGACGAUCCCUCUACGUUCCCGGGUGCGCAUGGGCCUCCGACAAUGGGAUAUAACUACGGACAUGACGACUCCAGCAUGUCGGGUCGAUUCAACCAGCCGGGAGGGUACACUGGUGCUGCAGAGUUGUGAAACGCCAUGCUUCAUGGACUUGUAUUUGCCUUGUAUAUUAUUAUCGCGGUGCCAGUGUCGUGUGCCGCGACCCUGGCCUGCUCUCUGGGGUUUGGUCAAGGAGUUACAGUGUGUAUAUUCCGCAGAAGCGCCAUGAAUACUGUACCGCUCGGCACAUGUGUGUUCUCAAUAGAGAUAAGCUAUUGGU